CGUGAAUUGACUCCGGACGGCGGCGUGGCUGAACUCGUGACUGUGGCUCAAAACUCAAAACUGGUAUCUGUGCAUGGUGACUUGGCCCAACAGAGACAAGCCGCCUUCCAGCCAUCAACCAACGUAUUCUAAAACGCUUCAAGUUCAACUCAUUAGAACUUGCCCACUGCCUCUGGCGACUACUGUACGACUCACACUCUUUUGGAAUCGCUUCGCAUCGCUAUCCAGCAGCAGAUGCGUGAGCAGCAGGACGCCUAGCUCGCAAUUCACAUUUACCGGCGCUCUUCUUGCGGGCGAGAUUGCAAGGCCUUUGGACCAGGACGAUCAGUGGCUCUGAUGCGCCCAACUACAAUCGCGGCUCUGGCGCUAUUGUCCGCUUGCAGCUUGCUUCGGGGCGUGAUGAGCGCGCAACAGAACGGGCAGCUCACCACCCAGUACGCGCUUUACACUUCAAGCUACUCAGGGGAUGUCAAGAGUUUUACAUUCCGCCCGCCUGCCGGUAUCACACAGAAUGGCAAUGUAGGAAAUGAGACAACAGGCGGCAAGCCCUCAUGGCUGACGUUCGGAGGCAAGCUGGAGCAGUCGCACAUCAUCUACGCCACGAACGAGGCGACGCCUGGCGAAGUGAAUGUGCUCACAAGUGGAGCUGACGGACAGCUAACAGCUCUGGGUGGCAUCACCCGCACCUCCACGGGCGGCAAUGGCCCUGUAGCCAGUGAUUUGGUCAAAGAUCAGCUGUUCGUUGCCAACUACGACAGCGGGUCAGCAGCCGUCCUGCCGCUAUCUCCGGAUCGGGCUGCGCUAUUCCCAGCCAAGGUCUUCAACUUUACACGCUCAGGGACCGGUCCAGUCACCAAGCGUCAAAAUGCACCGUAUGCGCAUGAUGCCGUGGCUGACCCCGAUGGCAAAUUCGUGUACGUCCCCGACUUGGGCAGCGAUGUGAUUAGGACCAUUAAAGUCGGCGAGAGAGCCGACAUGGCCGAACUGUUGGCUGAGACUCCUGUCGAGCCCGGCAGCGGCCCUCGACAUCUCAAGUUCGUGGAAGAUGCCAAAUACUACACACAUGGUCACGGCGCUAGCGCGAAUGGACAAUUUCGACGCCAUUCCCAUGACGUCAAGCAUGUUGCCUACCUGACCAGCGAAUUUGCCAACACAGUGACCGCAUUCACACAAGAUCCACAGACUGGCAAGUUGUCGCAGAUCGGUGCACGCAUCCCCAGCGUCCCUCCUGGCACGCAACUGGGUGGCGACGCCGAGAACGGACCAGCUCGAACGUUGGCAGAGGUCCAGACCUCGGUCGAUGGCGCGCUGAUCUAUGUCAGUAACCGUGGCGACUCUACUGAGGACCAUAUCAGCGUGUUGAGACGCUUGCCCAACGACAGCCUCGAGUGGCUAGCUUGGUAUCCAUCUGGAGGUCGCAACACCCGCCACUUCUCCAUCUCUCCAGAUGGUCGCUAUCUAGCCACAGCAAACCAGGCCAGUGGCACGCUUGCCAUCCUCAAGAUCGACGGAGAGCACUUGUCAAUUGUCGCAAAGCUCGAGGAUCAAGACCAAAUCAAUUUCGCUGGCUUUGCUCCUUGGUAAACUUUUGCCCUCAGUAGACUGAAGUCCAGCCCGGGCACGUUGCCAGCGUUCACGGACGAUUUGCAAGACGAGCCCUCACUUAUUCUGCACCUGUAAUCAAACACCCUCACCUAAUGCAACUCAUAGUCUCCAUCAGA